AUCGGUUGCAUUGCAUUGCCUGCUAGUCGCCUUGAGCAGCAGUGACAGCAACGGCAACGGCAGCAGCAGCAGCAGCCAACAGCCAGUCAUGUCUCUCGCACGCCAACUACGCAACCUACGCCUGUCCGGCUGGCGGCAGGCCUACCGCGAUCUCGCAGGUCUAGGCGAUAUCAAAGCCGGCACGCUCGUCGGCGUCGACCGCAACGGGAACCAGUACUUUGAGAACCUCAAGGAUGAGAUCCCGGGACGCCAUAGAUGGAUCGACUAUCAUCAGCUGUACGACUCCAACGUCUCGCAGAUUGACCCGGAGUGGCACUCAUGGCUUCAUCAUAUCCGCAAGGACCCGCCGGCCAAGGAUGAGGCGAUCCAGGAAGGGCGGCAGAGUUGGAUCAAGCCGUCGGUUGAGAAUCUGACUGGCACUCCUGGCGCAUUCAAGACAUAUUCGACAACAGCCCCAAAGAUUAACUCAUGGCAGCCAAAAGUAGCGCCCCGAGCAUGAGCAUGGGCCGCAUUGUUGAAGAGUCAAUAAUGAUGCCAGUCAACGAACGCCUUUUGCUCGUACGGGCUUUUCCACAGCAUACACAUCCGCAUGAAGC